AUGCAGGACAUUGACCAAAUUUCAAGUCAAGUUUCAUCCAUCCUUGAAACACCUUAUCAAUACAACAAGCUGCCUCGCGAUGAUUCUUUUCGCUACUUGAUCCUUCAGCCCGGUGUGGGUAAUGAACAACUCGACUGUAGCCUUUGCACCGCGCCCCUGCCGCAGAUUGAAUUCGAAGCCAUAUCGUAUGUCUGGGGAAAAGACAUCAAGAACAAAAGAAUCAUAUGCAAUGGUCGCAGCAUCAAAGUCACCGCAAACCUCUACAACGUUCUUCAACGUGUCCGCCUUCCAAAUGAACCACGUAAGCUCUGGGCAGACGGCAUCUGCAUCAACCAAGAGGAUUCAGAUGAAAAGGGCCACCAAGUCGCCAUUAUGGGACAGCUAUACCGCUCGGCAAAGCGGGUUCUGAUCUACGUAGGACCUGACAAAGGCAGCCAUGGUCCCCAGCUGUGCUCUUUGCUCGAUGAAGUUGAUCAAAUGAUCAAGGAAACUUGCCAAAACAUCGAUAUGUCGUACGGUUCAUUCCCCUUUCCCGACGAGAACAGCACACUUUUAUCUAAUGUCCGAUGGGCAUCAAUGUACCAUCUGCUCUGCGAAGAAUGGUUUGAACGCGGUUGGGUUGUGAGAGAAGCAGCCUUUGCUCAAGUCGGCCAAGUCAUCUGGGGUUCGAGCAGUUUUGACUGGGGAAACCUGAUGCGCGCCUAUUGCUGGUCGACCAUGCGAGCAACACAGACUUUGUCGGACGCUGGUGUUUUCAGUCGAGAUAUUGUAUCACAUGUCUUUGCUUACGCAAGGCGCAACAGAAGCUUCUCCGGUUCACUUUCCAUUCAAGCUCCCUCAAAAGAUCGUGCUCUAUUGGAAGAUCUUGAGAAUGCAGCACCGUUACAUGUGUCGGAUCCACGCGAUAGGAUUUACGCCUUCAUGGAGCUGUCAAGAGACAAUGAACACGCUUUCACCAUGACCCCAGACUACACCUCACCGUACCUGGAUGUUUAUAGGCAAUUUGUCGUGGAACACACCAAAUUUACUAGGACUCCCUGCAUCUUAGACUACGUUUUCCAUCCGAUUAGCGCUUUAAACCUCUCAGCCGCAUCCUGGAUACCCCGUUGGGAUUUAAGAGGAUCAUCGGUCAUAAUCUCUACCAGAAAAAAGACCGUCUUGACGUCUCGUAAUAGUUUCAUAUAUGAACCGGGUUGUAAAGGCAAGACUACAUUCGCAUGUCGGGGUGUUGUGUUGGAUAGUGUGAGAUUUGUCUCGCAUAUUCUCACGGACAAGUCAACAACGCUGCAAACAUUAUCCGAAGUUUGGAAGAAUGUUAACCUUCACACACAGAACUGUCCAUAUAGACCGGCUGACCUGCUUGAUGCUUUUCUGGAUACUUUGUGUCUAGGCAGGUACGAUGACAAUAACAGGUCCUGGAACGUAUCCAGGACAGCGUUUGCGACAGAUGUUAUAUUGGAAGCGGAAUCUUCCCCACCUGGAAUCUUGCGCCGAAAGGAACCCGAAAAUGGAACGUAUUAUAAUGUAGAUGGGUUCUUAGAGAGCGUCUUGAACUGGGCAAACGAGGGCAGAUUUGUAAUAACAGAACGUGGAUACAUGGGAAUAGCUCCCGCAGUCACACAAGUCGGAGAUCUGUGCGCCAUUAUCUUUGGUUGUUCAAUGCCAUGUAUGCUGCGGCCUACAGGACCAGAGCGGUACUACAAUUUCGUUGGGGCAAGUUUUGUGACGGGAAAAGAGAAAUACAGAGGUGAAGACGGUCAGUUGCGUUUUGGGACACUUCUAGGGAGUGAAGGAAGCAAAGACUGGGUGGGUUGGGACGUAGAAGAGCAGGAUAUUCAUCUAGUGUGA